GUACAGGGUAACAACUUCCAUACUAGGCCACCACACUUUAAACUAUAAGCGUGUCUUACUGACGCGCCUAUAGUUAAAUGCGGCGCUCGGCUUAUUGACAUAGCGAAGAGCCAUUGGCUCCUUGCCCUGUCAAUCACUCUUGUGAUUGCCUGCAAUAUGCAGAAAACCAACAAGACACCCGAGUGUUGUUCCUCUGCACUCCGGCAUGCAAGUGACGUCAUCAUUAUGUGCCGAAGUGCAAACUGGAGAAGACAGGAAGAGAGAAGAGGCUGCGGGAGGUUGGUUGUGCCUUAUAUAUGCACAAUAUAUGGGGGUCUACGAAGUGGACGAAUGAUCCUUGUACAAGGAAGUGUCGGCAGCAAUGCUUCUAGGUUCCAGAUUGACUUUCAGUGCGGGUGCAGCUCUCUUCCUCGCUCUGAUGUCGCCUUUCACUUCAAUCCACGUUUCUCUUCUUCGGAAACACAUGUAAUCUGCAAUACCCUGCGGAAGGACCAGUGGCUAGAUGAGGUCAAGUUCUCAAGAUUCCCACUAAGAAAAGGAGAAUCUUUUGUGCUGAUUUUCCUUUUUCUUGCUGAUAAAGUAAAGGUCAGCAUUGGUGGACAGCAUUUCCUGGAUUUCCUGUAUCGCCUUCCGCUCCAUGAUGUGGACACAUUGGGGAUUUAUGGAGAUGUCACUUUAAAGGAGAUCUCGUUCCUGAACAGUAAUCCUUUUCAGGAGGCAAUGACAGACUAUCCAUUGUGUCAGCCUUUACAUCGGGGACAUGCAGGAGUGUUGGUUCUUCCCCUGUCCGAGUCAUUUCCCAAGGGUUUGUCAGAAGGUCACAUGAUCUUGGUUCGGGGUUUGGUGACUGCUCACCCAUUACAAAUAAUUUUCUCAUUGAAAUCUAAAAAUACCACCCCUUUUAACCUGACUGCAAACUUCAAAGACCAAUCUUUAUGUUACAACUACAACAUGGGUCAGUCAUGGGCAGAGCCACAAAAAAUCCAAACCCCUUUCUUUGUGUUCCAUAAAGAGAGAUAUUUUGAGGUUCUAGUCCUUAUCGAGUCCGGCAUGUUCAGACUUGCCAUCAAUGGGACCCCACUUGGGGACUUCUGCCCUCCUUCGCUAGAUCUGAAAUCCAUCGAUGAGUUCCAGAUCAAUGGUACCGCAAUAAUUUAUUAUGUAAAAUGCUGAUUGGAAGGAAUUGGAGAUUCUGUCCUUGGAAAGACACUUGAUCAAGGAAAAAUUGCACUUCAGCUUUGCAGAACUCUAUGACUGCCCUCAGGUUUGACCGGCUUUUAUCUCACAGCUAUAAGAACAGCUUGGAACAUCUUGAUGGUUCUCAUGAAGCUCAAACUGCUAAAUAUUUGCAACUAAGCAAUGUAUUGUGUACAAAGUUACUGGGCACCAUUAUAUCAAAAUCCCAUGAAAUCGCGUAACCCUGUGCUUUGUCAAUGGUUUUCAGGACUCCCAAUGUUAUCGGGGCACAAUUUCACCAUGUGCCUUUCCAAAGGACGCAAUAAUUUUCUCACUAUUUUCUUUUCUGAUGCAAACUACAUAUCAUUUAUGAAAUAGAUAUAAAUAUACAUGUGCCAAAUAUGUGACUGCCAUCUCUGAACCAUAAACCUCAGUGCCUUGGACACAUGGCUAUUGUGAUGUGAUACUGUAAAUUCAUCCAUUUGGCCCAGUAUCUGCUGUAAAGAUGAUCCUAGAAGUAUGAUAGAUAUAUUUUGUUUAGCAUUACUUGGUCAUCUCUCAUGCAAUGGGUAGAGGCAAUAAGUCCUAUAUUUGUGGAUAGACUUUUACAAGUGUAUCAGCUAAGAAGCAGCUAAGUAUUUUUUCUGCUUUGUCACACUGUCCCCAAUUCCCAGUUAAUCAUUCUUAAGCUGCUCAGUGCUCCUUACAAAACAGAGCAUUCUGCUUAACCCUUGCAUGAUAAUACUUAAAUUACUGGCAAAGCUAGUAUAGCAAUAAUGUUCUGAACAGUUACAUUUCAGUGUACCAGAUCAUGUUUUAGGUUAUUGUCUACUUGUAUUAUGUUUACCUUCCUGACCUAACUAUAACCUAUAGGAAACGUGUUGCUGCCAUAUAUUUGUGUUUACAUUGAUCAUCUGAUGCAUUUUAUACCUAGACAUGGUGUUUGUACAUUGAUUCGAAGAAAAUAAAUGCAUAGUCAAAAAUGAGUUAAAAUAAAGGUCAUACUCAGA